UUUUAUUGUUAAUCACAUUUUGGUUUUUUGUUACAUUAAAACUAAAUCAGAUAUUUUCUGCGUUUUUAUUCAUUAAACCAUUUAUAUUAGUGUUUAAUAUGUCUGAUGAUGAAGAGAGACGUUUCGAAAAUGAACAACGCUUAUUGAGUGGAGAUUUUAAAUCUGUACCACAUACAGCAAGUGUUUGGGAAGAAGAUAUAUGUGAUGUCGAUGAAGACUCAAAUCCUCGUACUAGCCCAGAAAGGGAAAUUUUGUGGGCUGCUGAACAAGGUAAAUUGGAUGUAGUCAAAUCAUUGGUUUCAAAAAAUAGUCAUUUAGUCAAUAUUCAUGAUAAAGAUGGUUAUACAGCAUUACAUAGAGCAUGUUACAACAACCAUUUAUCAAUUGUUAAGUUUUUAUUAGAAAAUUAUGCGAAUCCAAAUGCCUUGACCGCUGACCAAUGGACUCCAUUGCAUUCAGCAUGCAAAUGGAACAAUGUAGAAUGUGCUGAAAAACUAAUAGAAGCUGGGGCAGAUAUAAAUGCUUUAACUAAAGGAGGUAUAACUCCUUUACAUUUAGCAGCUGAACAUAAAAACUCAUGUGAUAUAAUUGAGUUACUAUUAACUCAACCCAAUAUACGGUAUGAUGUAAAACUACCAAAUAGUACAGAAGAUACAGCAGAAGUUAUUGCUGGUCGAAGUGGUAGUUAUGAUAGAUUAUUUGAAUACUGUCAGCCAUGUUUCAACUAUAUAUAAAUUUAUAAACAUUUAUUCAG